AUGUCGGAGGAGACAUUCGAUUUCAGUGGGAGUGUUCCAGAAGAAGUUCAGACACUUCUGACAAAUUCAGAAGUGGAUCCGGGACUUCUUUCAAAUGAAACGACUACGACAAUGAUCUCAGAUAUUCUGAGUACUACCACUAUUCCUCCAAUUCUGAUUGACUACCAUCCGAAUCCAUUUCGAAUUGGUUUUCUUGCAUUCAAAUGUCUCCUUAUCAUCCUUCUUCUGACUAUCUCCUGCACCAUUCGUCGAGAUUUCUUCAAAUUCUUCGUAUUCUUCAUCAUAAUUCCACUCUUCAUCGAAACAGGAUUUGACGUUUUCACUGAGAUUCAAGCCAGUAUUGCCAUUUUUGGAACUCAACAAUUCGACUGGGAAUACUUCAAUCUCUCUCCAAUAGCAAACGAGACUGUGACUGAUUGGCAAAAACACGCCGUUGAGAGUUACGGACAGAUUCUUCAAAAGUACACAACUUAUCAAUUGUACACAAAGGACCAACUCUUCUCAAUUGUGUCCUAUGUGGCUGGAGAUUUCAUCUUCUGGAGUCUUCUCUUCUCGACAACUACCGUAUUCCAUUAUGCACACAAAGCAAUUGUCCGUCCAGAACAGAUCACUUACGAUCCAAUUUGCAGUUCAUUCUUCAAAAUCCAAAUCAUUCCUGUCCUUUUCACUGCUGUCGACACUCUGAUUUCAAUCUACGAAAUCCCACAAUGGGCCUAUCUUUUCAUUCUUUUCGUCCUCAGAAUCACUGCUUGCGUCCUCACAUUCAUCAUCGUCACUCAAUUUUUCGCCUCGCUCUUUUUAUUCUGCCGCCGAAAGGACGAAGUGACGAAGACAUCUCCAUAUGAGCACGUCAGAAACAGUAAACUUCGUUUGUUCCUUUUCGUCGUUUUCAGUAUUCUGAUUCACGCUCUCUCUGCUCCAUAUCUCAUCUGGUCUGGUUUGACAAUUGCUUCGGAUGUCGGACAUCUUCUUGGUUUCGACUGCAAAGUUGUGCAUACAAACUUGGCAGAUUAUGCUACCGAACUGCUAGAUGGAACCGAUUCCACAACGAAAAGUACAAUUACGGAUGAUCUACCAAACCAGUUGUUUGUGACAUCGUUACUAUCUGUAUGCUCUGGUGCAGUUGUCAUAGAGUGGAAUAGGAUAUACGGAGGACUACUCACUCCUAGAUUGAAAGCUUCUAUCAACUAUUCAAGAAUUUUAAAAGAUAACAAAGAAUUCAUUCCUUUCUAUGAUAUGGAUUGGCUGUUCGGAGGCAAGUACAAACCUUAUUGUUAUGGUUGCUCCGGGCCUUCACUCAACCCGGAUAUGGAUAGAACACCUGACGACCCAGAAAGUCGUUCACCAACCAAAGUUCGUGAAGAAGGAGAAAAACUGAAGAAGGACAGCUGA